AUGGAGCUUUCCCGUCUACUAGCCCUCCUGCUGGCGGUUCGAUCCGCGACCGCGAUCCCGGCACUCUCGGAGCUGAACCGCAGGCAGACAAGGGCCGUCCAGGAUGCCAUGUCAAGCAUCAUCGACUCGCUAAAGCAAUACGACACGAUCAUCCUGGCCUUGAGGAACACAGACGCGUCGGCGGCACCGGUGCUGAGGGCCACCGAAGAUGUCGUGUCCACCAUCAGCUCCUCGAUAAGAACCGUGGAGGAGGCCAGGAAGGCAAACGUCUUUACCAGCGUGGCGCUUAUACAAGUGAGCAACAACAUGGUGGACCAGGUGCAGACCACGAUCCGAGAUUUGCGGGAUAAAAAGGCCGUGAUGGACCGCAUCGGCACCAGCAAGGUCACGCUCGACACCUUGCAGAAGCUGAGGCCACAGGCCAGAGAGCUGGCGGAUGCGAUCGCGGACAAGGUUCCGGAUCUUGGAAGGGAUAUAGUCGACAAGGUCAAAUCCGACAUUCUCGACGCCUUGAACCAGGGCAUCACCACAUAUAGCCAGCCCGACGCUGCGCCAGCUGCGCCCGUGCCACCACCAGCAGCGUCUCCAUCUCCAGCCCCUGGUCCAAACCCAGUGGCUCCUCCUCCCGCUCCUCCCGCAGUGGUGACGGUGACGACGGUAGUACCACCUCCCACUGUGGUCACCGUGACUGCAGUUGCGCCUCCACCGCCGUCUGUGGUUACUGUCACGGCAACAGCCGCACCAACGCCUGUAUUUUUGGACGGGUGA